UUGGAGGGACUGCCCCGGGGUUGCCAUGGAGACCGGACGCUGUAACUUGCAGAGCGCAGCGAAGCAGAAAUCCCUUAGGAGACCUUCCGAAGUGGCGCUUUGCUUUGCCUUCUUCCUCAUCUUCACGCCCCUGUCCUCAGAGCUUUUUUCUCAGUUCUCUCCAUGGAAGACUCAACCUCCCUGAGCCAAAAAAAAGAAAACCAACCACUGAGAGAAGCAAUGCUGCCAAGGGAAGAAGGGACUGCAGCUUCUCCCCAGGACCCCCGUCCCCAGUCUUCUGGGCCCUGGGAAGCCGAGCCAGCGCCCGACGCCAGACCCCGGCCCAGGAGCAGCUGCGCUCAGAGCCCCGGGUCCCGAGGCCCCGCUGCCGGGCAAGGGGCGUCGUCUUCCCCGCCACCGCCUCUGCAACUCUCGUCCACUCUGGCCAGGCAGAACCUCGGGGCUCCACGGCAGCCAGACGGGGCCUCCAGUGGGGUUUCUGAUGCUGGGACUGCUCUCUCCGAUCCCCUGGGGCCAUCGACGGAUGAGAGGGAAUGGGCUCACCGAAGCCAUUCGGUGGAGGACACCGGUCCGCUGGCUUGGCAGCCCAACUCAAGCAGCAAGCUCUGUCAACCAAAAGAGCUGCCAUCUGGCAGUGUCCAGAAGGAGGGCUGGAGCUGCCACAAAGACCCGGGUCAGCCUGAGUCCAGGGCCUGCGAGGCCUCCACCAGCAUGCUUGACAUCGCGGUGCAGAACGCUAAGGGUUACCUGUUUCAAGCCAGCAGCAAGACUGGCUUGAACCUAUAUGAUCAUCUUUCUAAUAUGCUGACCAAGAUAUUAGAUGAGCGUCCUGAAAAUGCUGUUGACAUCAUUGAAAAUAUCAGCCAAAAUGUGAAAAUGGCACAUUUUAGUAAAAAAUUAGAUACAUUCCAAAAUGAGAAUGAGAUGCUCCCAACAUAUGACAUAGCGGAGGGGCAAAAGGCUCUUUUUCUUCAGGGACAUUUGGAAGGAGUUGACCAAGAACUGGAAGAUGAAAUAGUAGAAAACUCUCUUCCAAAUAUAAUGGAGUCUGCUUUUUAUUUUGAACAAGCUGGAGUUGGUUUGAGCACUGAUGAGACUUACCGCAUAUUUCUUGCCCUCAAACAACUUACUGACACUCACCCAAUUCAAAGAUGCCGUUUCUGGGGCAAGAUCUUGGGCCUGGAAAUGAAUUAUAUUGUAGCUGAAGUAGAAAUUCGUGAGGGGGAAGAUGAAGAGGAGGUCGAAGAAGAGGAUGUAGUUGAAGCUGAAGAGAGGGACAAUGGUCAAAGUGACGCUGAUAGAGAGGAGGAAGAUGAGUUACCCAAGUCCCUCUACAGACCCUCACAGGUGAUACCAAAAGAAGAAAAUAGGACAGGUGCCAACAAAUAUGUCUAUUUUGUUUGCAAUGAACCCGGAAGACCGUGGGUGAAGUUACCAUCGGUCAAGCCUGCACAAAUUGUUACUGCAAGAAAAAUCAAGAAAUUUUUUACUGGGCAAUUAGAUGCUCCCAUCAUAAGCUACCCACCUUUUCCAGGAAAUGAGAGCAAUUACUUACGAGCACAAAUUGCCCGAAUUUCAGCAGGGACACAUGUCAGUCCUCUAGGAUUCUACCAGUUUGGUGAAGAGGAAGGAGAGGAAGAGGAAGAGGUAGAAAGUGGACGAAGUAGCUUUGAAGAAAAUCCUGAUUUUGAAGGCAUCCAAGUGCUUGAUCUAGUGGAAUCUCUAUCCAAUUGGGUUCAUCAUGUACAGCACAUUCUUCCUCAGGGUCGCUGUACUUGGUUCAACCCCACACCAAAACAUGAAGAGGAAGAAGAGGAAGAUGAAGAAAAAGAAGAACCUGACUAUAUAGAACAGGAAGUGGGGCCUCCUCUUUUGACCCCAAUCUCUGAAGAUUCAGAGAUUCAGAAUAUACCUGCUUGGACAACACGACUGUCCUCAAGUCUCAUUCCACAAUAUGCUAUUGCAGUCCUUCGAUCCAACCUUUGGCCUGGAGCAUAUGCCUUUUCCACUGGCAAAAAGUUUGAAAAUUUCUACAUAGGCUGGGGAUGUAAGUAUAGUGUACACAAUUACUCACCUCCAGUCCCACCACCAGUUUAUCAAGAAUACUCCAGUGGACCAGAAAUUACAGAAAUGGAUGACCCUAGUGUGGAAGAGGAGCAGGCUUUUAGAGCUGCACAGGAAGCAACUGAACUUGCAGCUCAGGACAGUGAAUCUGAGGAAGAUGAAGAUGAUGAUAACUAAGAAUAAAACUGUCUGCUCUCAUAUGCUGUGGCACUAACAUACAAAGCCCGUAUGUGAGACUAAUUUUAUAUUGAACCAGGAUUACACUGUGUAAUUCCUUAAAAAUAUCAAAUCUGACAUUUCAUAUGCAAUUAUGUGUUUAAAGAAUGAUAACUCAAUAGACCAUAUGUUCUGAUAGCCAUGGCUAAUGGAAAACAUGUUUGUGUAUGUUUCAAAAAUGUAUCAUUUAAUUUUCCUUAUCACAAACACUGAAAGUUGUAACUCGUAAAACUCCAUGAAAAUGUUUAUACUUUGGAAGUGUCAAGGAGUAUAGAGUAAAACCCUGCUCAUCAGUGAACUAGAA